GCCUGGGGCGGCAGCGGCCGGCGGAGCGGAGCAGCCAUCUGGGUAGCGGUCUUGGCGUGUCCGACCUCCCUCAGCCUCCCGACGCAGUGUGGGGCCCUGCGGACUUAGCCCCUAGCCAUGGAUGCUCAAAAAGAAGCACUACAAAGGAUCAUUUCAACUCUGGCAAAUAAAAAUGAUGAAAUUCAGAACUUUAUUGACACACUAAAUCAAACACUAAAAGGAGUUCAGGAAAAUUCUUCCAACAUCCUUUCAGAGUUAGAUGAAGAAUUUGAUAGUUUGUACUCUAUAUUGGAUGAGGUGAAGGAAAGUAUGAUGAGCAGUAUCAAGCAGGAACAAGCUCGUAAAUCACAUGAGCUACAGAGUCAGCUCAGUCAAUGUAAUAACGCCCUGGAGAACUCUGAAGAACUAUUAGAAUUUGCAACACGAUCAUUAGAUAUAAAGGAACCUGAAGAAUUCUCAAAGGCUGCCAGACAGAUCAAGGAUAGAGUAACAAUGGCUUCAGCUUUUCGCCUUUCUUUGAAACCAAAGGUCAGCGACAACAUGACUCAUUUAAUGGUAGAUUUUUCUCAGGAAAGACAGAUCCUACAAACUUUGAAGUUUCUGCCAGUCCCCAAAGCUCCAGAGAUUGACCCACUAGAAUGUUUGGUGGCUGACAAUGCUGUAACAGUAUCCUGGAGAAUGCCAGAAGAAGAUAAUAAGAUUGACCAUUUUAUACUGGAAUACAGGAAGACUAAUUUUGAUGGACUUCCACGUGUAAAGGAUGAGCGAUGCUGGGAGCUUGUUGAUAAUAUUAAGGGUACUGAAUAUACACUGUCAGGCUUAAAAUUUGAUUCAAAGUAUAUGAAUUUCAGAGUGCGAGCUUGUAACAAAGCUGUUGCUGGAGAGUAUUCUGAUCCAGUGACCCUAGAGACAAAAGCACUUAACUUUGCUUUGGAUAACUCAUCAUCCCAUUUGAACCUGAGAGUCGAAGAUACCUGUGUAGAGUGGGAUCCCACAGGAGGAAAAGGUCAAGAAAGUAAAAUUAAAGGGAAAGAGAACAAGGGCAGUGUCCAUGCUACUUCACUGAAGAAACACUCAAGAAGUGGUACACCAUCCCCCAAACGGACAUCUGUAGGCUCCAGGCCGCCAGCAGUGAGAGGCAGCAGAGAUCGUUUUACUGGGGAAUCGUACACAGUGCUGGGAGACACUGCUAUUGAAAGUGGACAACAUUAUUGGGAGGUCAAGGCCCAGAAGGAUUGCAAAUCCUACAGUGUGGGGGUAGCCUAUAAGACUUUGGGAAAAUUUGAUCAGCUAGGAAAGACGAACACUAGUUGGUGUAUCCAUGUCAACAACUGGCUACAAAAUACAUUUGCAGCAAAGCAUAAUAAUAAAGUAAAAGCCUUGGAUGUUACUGUUCCUGAGAGAAUAGGUGUAUUUUGUGAUUUUGAUGGGGGUCAACUUUCUUUCUAUGAUGCAAACUCAAAACAGUUGUUAUAUUCUUUCAAGACAAAAUUUACUCAGCCAGUCCUACCUGGUUUCAUGGUUUGGUGUGGUGGACUGUCUGUGAAUACUGGGAUGCAGGUUCCAAGUGCUGUGAGAACAUUUCAAAAAAGUGAAAACGGAAUGACCGGUUCAGCUAGCAGUCUAAACAAUGUCACUCAAUAAUGCCUGCUCCAGAUGUGUUCACUCCCCCGUCUUUUCAUUGAAUGGCCUUUUCUGUGCAGAUACUAAUCACAGAGUUUAUGAUGAUGGAAAUCAGGUUGGCUGCAUCCUACUUUAACAUCUGGAAUCUGUUAGCAUUAAACAUCUAGUAUGAAGCAUUCACAGGAGCCUACUGCGCAAUGUCAUAGAAGCAAGCAGAAGUCGAAGAAACUCACGUUGUGAAGAGUAAAUGGGAGGAAAGGGCAAUGUUUAGUUAUAUAGAAACCUAUUUUUGUGUUUUUUGGAUUAUUUUGACUUUUCUGUUAGUCCUAGGGCCUGGACUGGAAAAAAAAACAUUUAAAUUUUGCCUUUUUUUUCCUCAUCUCUACCUAUUAGUUUUUCCACUGAAGCUUUAAAAAUGUAUAGUCCUCUUAGUUUCUCUAAAAAUUGAAAUAAUUGUUUGGAGAUGCUAGGUUUUCUUAGAGUGGUUUAUAAAUUAGUUGAGUUAUUAGCUAGCUUUAUAUCAUUUCCCUUUUUCCAAGUAUUUUGAUAUUUUUUUUGUGGUUUAAACUCAAAAUAGAAAAUGAAUAGGAAUUUUGUAGACAUAAUGGCUUAAAAUCACCCAAAUUUCAGUUUCUUACCUGCUGCACUACUAGUGGCAAAGGGAAUAUUCUUUGUAUGUUGCUUUCUUUAAAUAGAUUUUUCAUUCCAUCAUUUUGGAUAUGAUGGGUAAGAUUUUCAAAAGCUUUAUAUUGUCUGAUUUUGUUGUACUUUAAAGCCACUUUUAAUAGUUAUCUGGUAAAAUCUCCACUUGCUUUUAGUAAUAAAUGAUAAAUAUUAUACUGAUUUUUAACAUUUUUAGUAGGAAUGAAAGUUUAUUAAAGUCUGAGAAAGUUGAUAAAACCUACACUAUUCAACUUUUAUCUGAGGACAGGUUAUAAAAGGAGUUGCCUAAAGCUAUCCUUUACUUAAGUAAUUUUCAUCUGCUUUUUAACUACGUGGAACAGUACAACUGUUGAACUGUUGUACUGUUCCAUUUUAAAAAUCCACAUAUCUGACUUAUUUGGCACGUAAGUUCUUCAGACACAACUAUUCAGUGGUUAUUUUUUUCUCAGUCCUUUCAUUUGCUUUCUAAAAAGGGUUAAUUCUCCCCCAAAAUGAUGUCAAAAUCUUUCUCAAACUUACAGAAAAUGUUUUAAACAAAACCCAUGGUUAUCAAAACAGAACAUAAAUUUUUUAAAAGUUGAUUGAAGUUUGUAACACGAUUCCUUUGAGCCAAACUAGAAGUUGUACUUUACAGUACUUAAGAAUGCCUUGAGCAUUUUAAUGAGGUCUGUAUUUGUGGUCUUUAUUUUUGAAGCUUGCUGUCUCAUGUUGACUUACUUCUUGUUUAAUUAUAUUGUGUUAAAAACAACCUUCUCCCAAGAAGUGACUGUUGCUGCUUACAUUUGAGGUAGUUUCUACAGAAAGACUGUGGAAUGGUAAUAGCUAAUUUUCUCAAAGUUUACUGCUUACUGAUGGAUGUUUUUUUGUAGGUUAAACAAGUCUAAAUGAGCAAUUUCAUUUGACUGGGAUUAUGUUUUUUCUGGAGAACAUUCAUAUCUACAUAGUUGGCGAUAUGUUAAUUAUUUUAAAUGCUAUAAGGCAAUUUUGGAAUGAAAUGUGUUAUAGAUACUCUUUUGAUUAUCCAACAAAUACAAUUUUGGUUUUGUCCCUCUGAGAGAUUUAGAAGUGUUCUAAUCUCUAUAGCAGGGUUAUCCAGGACCUAAGGAAGCAGGAAGCUAUAAUUCCUUUUUAUAGUCCAGCCUAAAAGCAGUAAUUUAGUAGUGUAGCUGCUUUAUAUGCACAGUUAUAGACAAUAAAUUUUAGCGAACAUGAUCCAGAAAAAAAGUCAAAUUCCUACAUAAAAUUUUUUACUAUGAUGUCUGAUAAAAUUUUGUCUUCUUACUAAUUCAGUGCCUUCUUCUCCUCUAGACAUACUCUUGCUCCACACCCCAUGCAAUGUCAACUGAUAGUUGAGUCAGAAACCAUUUUGUGGUACCGGUGAGGGCCUUCUAUUCCAGGGACAUGGGAAAGGAGCUAUUAAUCAGGGGCUGGAGGAGUCAUGUGAUUCUCUCCUGUGCUCAUGCCAUCAUUUAAAGUCCUUCAUGUAAAAUUUUCUAAUGUUCAUUUGGAAAAUUCAUUUGAAAUAAUACCAUUCAUUAUUACUCAAAACAAGAAUCUUACUCUGCCUCUUCUUAGAGGUUUCCAAAAUUAAAGGACAAAGUGUGGGGUUAAAUUUAAUUGUUUUAAGUUUGUGUUAAGUUAAACUGGAGAAAGUUUGCCACUCUCAUUUUCGAAAUAGGAAAUAAUCAUGGCAUUGCCUAUUUAAAUAGUCUCAAAUCACAGUACUUGACCAUAUUAAUAUUUUCAUUGCCAUUUGAAUUUUAAAAAAUGUUGAUCUUUUGCUAAGUUUAAUGCAUCAUGAAAAGUUGAUAUACCCUUGUAAACAUUAUUAGUUUACUUACUCUUUGUCUGACUUGUUUGGCAGGUCAAAUGAGAUUGCUGUCAGGAAAAGGAAGCUUGGGAGGUUGACUGUCAUGAAUGCUAUUUUAUAAAAAUAUACACCUAGUAUUAUUGCAUUUCCCUCGUAGCAAUUGAAUUCCAGACCAGUUUCAUUAACUGCAUAAAGAAAUUGCCUUAAGCACUUUAUAAAAAGAAAUUUCUUUCGCUAUUCAUUUUGACUUUUUAGGCUGACCAUGUCACAUAUGUCUUUAACUUUUGGUAAAUAUGUAUAUAUCAAACAAUUAAUAAAUGAGUAUACAUUGUGUUUAGUAUAGAUUCAUUGAAUGUUCCAGUGUAGGUAAAUAAGUCAAAAGCUUGUUUGUUCCUGGGUUUAAAUUUAUGAUGGCAUCUGUACAUAUUGGAACUGCUAUGGUAGAGCUAGACUCGGCCCACUUUGUGCAGCAAACAGUAAUUUUCUCCAUGUUGUCAUCUUAGGAAACUAGUGGCUUAGUCCAGCUUAUUCACCUGUGAAAUUAAAACACAACAGUAUCAUAUAUAAUUUGAAUUUUUGUGACUAAUCCUUGGUGGUAUAAGUAAUGCAAGUAAAUAAUUUGUAAUAAAAGCUUUUAAUUAAGGUAAGAAAUCUAUUUCAUAAUGUACCUGCAAUGAUUAAUUUUUUCUCUAUAUACCUUUUCCACAAAGUUAUACUUACAUAUUUUUAAUUGUUUCUUUUGGAAACGUAAAAUUUGGGGGGAAGGAUAUAUAUGGAAAUGAUCAUUUCAGAGUAUUAAUUUUAGAAGAGGAGGGUGUAUAAACUUAACAUCAAAAUAAUAAACUAGGCACCAUAUUUUCAAAUCAUCAUCAUCCCUUUCUUGAAAAAGACCACAUAUUUUUUAAAAGACUAAGAUGAGUUCAUUCAUUAGCAAAUUCAUAUGACAAAUGUGAAAGUGCCUAGAAUGAUAGUCUUACAUUGUAUUCAAAUUUCCAAAAUUAGUGAUUUGAUUUACUGUAUAGUUUUGCUGCUUUUGAGUGAUGCAAUAAAAUUUGCAUCUCAAAACAAUGUUUUGUGAAUAUGUCAGAAAAUUAUUUAACAGUUUGUUACAGUUUACUUAAAAAAUUCAAAUUAACUGCAUAUAAUAAGUUUCACUUUUUUGGGUUCACUUUUAUAUAGUCAUAUGAAAUAAUUCUGCAAAGAUUUCUUUUCUCGAUUUUAUUUUUAUACUGGAUAUGUUCUUCUAGGAAAAGUGUAUGGGCAUCGUAAAUUUACUCAAGAUCCAAGUCACCACAAAAUAGUUGUUUUUUAACCAAAAUGUACAUGUUAUAAUGCUAGUACUGGAGUAUUGUAAGAGAUCAUGAAUGUUUCUUUGGUCAUCACAGAAAGAUUACCUCAUGUUCAGUGUAGUUUUAAUUUUUUGCUUGUCUUAUUCACAAGUAUUUAUGGCCCCGAUGUGCCGCUGGAAUAUUUGAUUAUUCAGCAUACUUAAGCUUUCUGGAUAAUUUGGAUUAAAUGGAUUGUCUUUGAUCUAUGUUUUUGUUGAAAAUAUAAAGGCUAGUGUUGGCUUAGAAAGAAAUGCCAAAAGUGCCAUCGUACUUUUCUUCUCGGAAUACCCAUUUAUUAAAACAGUAUUUGUUAUUUGGGAUAAUUGUAAGAUAUUGUUGAUUCAUAAUCAUUGCAGCUAUGUUAGUUUAAUCUGAUAUAUUUUCUUAAUGGUACCCAUUUAAUGUAAAUUAGUCCUUGGGAAUGGACAUUUAGAGGAUUUCUCAGUAUGUAGGGCAGGUCAGUGAAUGUGUUUGUAUUUGGCUUGGAGUUUCUUAAGUUUGGACCAAUUUUUAAGUGUGAGUGAUUGGUAAGAGGCAUUUUUAUUAGUAUUAGAACUUUUUGGAGAAUCUAAGGGCCAUAAGAAUGCAUUUUUUAAAAGAAAAAAAUAUUUCCAAUAUCUCUAAGGUACCAAAGCAUGGGGUCCAAUUUAUCUUUUAAGGGAAAUGCUUUAAAAUCAAAGUUACUGCUAAUUCAUACUAUACAAUAUAUAAUAGCUAAAGUUAUGGAGUAUUUAUAUUAAAAACCACUAGUUUUUAAAUUUUUGAAUAUGAUUAAAAUAUAUUUUGCCUUCAUUUCUCUUAUUUAAAAUUAAUAACCUGAACUCUACCAUAUACUAGAUCUACGACCUCUGCAUAUUAUAAUUUAUCACCUUUGGGUCUCCAUUGUCUUUUACAGGAAAUAAUUGGAAAUUGUUCAGCCUACCUCACAGGGCUGUUGUGAGGAAUAAAAUGAAAUAGAAAAUAUGAAAUUGCUUCAACAAUAGUAAAAUGCUAUGUAAAUGUAAAAUUUUCAGUUAAUACUGGAUUUAGGGUUUAGGUAAUUUCUAAAUGCCAUCUCCUUUGCUACAGCAUGUGCUUAAAGUGGUAUCUACCAGGACUACACGUGUUAUUAAAAUAAACAAACAACCCUAAUUAAAAUGCCCUUUAAUAGCCUUUAGUUUGUGCAUGGCCUUUGGCCUUUUUGUAUUUUCUUAUCAUUCUGUUAUUCUAUAUCAAGACUUUCAUAGAACUGUAAAUUUCUCCUACAGCAUUAGUAUGUCAGUGUAGAAUAAUAACAUAAAUAAAUGAAUUAAACUAUUUCUUUCCAAGUAUUUGCACUUCCGAUUUAUGACUGUUCAGUGCCAUAUGCAAAGACUGAAUUUGGCCUAAAUUCUAUUUAAAAAAUUAAGUUUUUGUCAUUGAGAAAUUUUACAAAGUUUAUGUGCCCAUUUAAUAUUUGUUGCAUUGCCAUUAAAAAAAAAUAACCAUUUCAGAACCUUGUUAGUUAGUUAGUCUCUCCUAUUUUGUGUUAAAUUAGAUUUACUAAGUUGUUUUCUGGUUAUCUUGAUCUAUAACUAUAGGUAUGUCUAUCAUCUGGACUGGUUUUGGUAUGCAGUUCUGGUAAUAAAAAUUCUGAUUUCUCAGGUUAAACAUUAAGUUAUGGUUGAAGAACAUUAAUGAAAUACUUAUAAUGUACUCAGUGCUGCAAACUAGUGUUUUCAUAAGCAUAUUGUCAUAUUUUCCUUGGAAGCAAGCCAGCCUUUUAAAUUUUUUUUUUGGAACUUCAAAAUAAGAGCAUUCAAAGUGGAGUGACUUGAUGUUGAAAUGAUUGUGUGUUCUGUAUAGAAGGACCAAGUUCUUAAAGAAGCACCUGGAAUAUCCCAUCACACAAUUAAACUUUUUUUUCCCUGCUUUUGCAUUAAUGUUUACAUUUAUCACUCUCUUAAGUAUCUACAGUGUGUUGUUGGGGAUUAAAAAGUGAUAGUCUCUUUGCCCAAAACAGUCUUACCACAGUAUAAAAGAACUUUAGCAGUGAUGAAAAGUUCUAUAUCUGCUGUGUGGCACACUAGCCACAGACAGAGCUCUUGAACACUGCAAAUAUGGCUAGUUUAACUAAGCAACUAAGAUUUUAAAUUAAAUGAAAAGAACUACAUCUUGCAAUUAGGUGCUUUGUACAGUGUAGUCAUAAGAGAUAAAACCGGCAAUGUGAAACUUUAAGUCAGUAACUUGUACCAUUUUGGGGAAUGGUAAUUAAAAGAAAAUGGGAGCAAUUUGUAUUCUAACUAGAAGCAAACAGGAGAAAAAGAAAAGCCAAUCAAGCAAGAUGAGACUGGAUCUCCUGGAACUAAGAUCAGUUUUACCAAGAGAAUGAAUAAUCCAUUGAUCCUGAUUAGACAGGAGAGUAUGAAAAAGAUACUGGAAAAAACCAAUGCACCCCCUGAUAUAAAAGAUGAAGUGUGAAUGGUGCAACUUUUCUAGGGGACAAUUUAAUGAUGCUAAGAUUUUAAAUACACAUAUUUUCGGAAAGCUAUUUUGUUUUUCUUAGGUAUUUCACAUAUACUUUCAAGUAUUAAGUGCAGCAUUAAUAUAGCAAAAUACAAGCAACCAUAAUUGAAGAGAAAAUAGGCUAGCAGAAUUUCAAGGCUCCCCUUUUCUUUUUGCACCACUGUUACAUAGUUGUCUAGAUAUAUUCUAUAUGUCUGUCACCCAUUGUCCCCUCCUCAAUAAAUGUUAUAAAUGUGUAGACCAUUACGGGAAGUGACUUCCUUAGUGAAGCCCCUUUCCUUGGUCUGUCAGUGCUAUUGUGCUAAUGUGCUUGACUGCAGCUCUGUGUGAAAAGAGCUCAGGAAAUUGUAUGUUCUCUGCUUUUCUGUCCAGCUGUAUCCAUUGCUAAGCUCAUUGAACAUUUACACUGUAUGGUACUGGUAGUAUGUUUACGCCCCUUUUGUACAAGGUCACCAGGAUGGUUAAACUGGUGCUUCCAAGUAAUUCUACACAGCUAUUACAGAAUAUGGUAUUAACAAAGAUAUUUGUGACAUGAAAUUGAAAAAAAAAAAA